AUGCAGCUACAAACUUUUGUUUUAGCUAUUUUUGUUUUUCAAGAAUCCGUCCAGGCUACCUCAUACGAUGUUAGGCAACGUUCAAGGUAUAUUUGUGGAACAGAGCCUUAUUUAUUCUAUUCAGACAUUGAAUGCUCUUUACACCAGGUCUGUGUGAAUGGCGGCAUGAGCUUACAAGUUGGUUGCGCAAAUGACUUCCAAUGCCAGGGAAUCCGCUUUGAUGCGAGAUGCAUAAAUUCCUGUUGCUGCACAUUACCUCGAUUGUUGGAAACAACUACGCCUCUGAGAUUACGAGAUAACUCUUCGCCAUCAACAUGGAUGCCGCCUCUAUUUAUAUCACUUGUGACAACUUUUUUAUAUCUGGCAGUUUGA